GAAAGAAGAAACAUGAGUUACACCUAUAUGGUAUGUGAAUUUGAAGAAGAAAUCUUAACAACAGGGUCAGGCUUUGGCUGAUAUUUAGUGUAAGGCUCCUAAUACACCCCAAUAAUAAAUAUAAAUAACCUCACUUAAAAUGCAAUUAUGCUUUUAAACCAAGGGCAAGCACCAUGUCAGAACUCACAGAAGAGAUGAUUAAACUCUUCAGUAUUAUGUUUAACCACAAACAAGCACUGGGACUUCACAUCUCAGCUAGAGAGCGCUUCAGUCUUUCUUAGAAUUUUUUUAUUUAAUAUCUCUGCUUCAGUGAAAUGUUUUUGGUGUCCUUCAAGAUUCCUAACUAAUGUAGAGAGCAGAAGCUGAGUCGCAGCUCUCUGGGGGCAACAGACUUCUUAAGGCUCCUAUGCAGCCUGUGUGUCUGUGAUGAGGACUCAUGGCGAAGCGCCCACACAGAGCCCUGCUGAGGCUCUGUCACCUGUGGAAGGAGGGAGGAAACCUCACAGAGAGCACCCUCUGUGUGGGCACCCUCUCAGGUUUGGUGGCAAGUGGCUGCAAAGCCCCUGUUAUUGUGGAGUGAGGGUUAAAUCCUUCUUCCCCCUGCUCUCCACAGAGGGUGGAGAAGGGGUGCAGCCAGCUGUCAGCUCAGGGCUCAGGACAGAUGGACAUGAUAGAGGCAGGCCUGUAGGCCUCGCGGGUGGGUGUCCACCUCACCCUCACACUCCUUGAAGCCUCUCCUGCCUUUCCACCCCAUGGCCAUCCGAGUAUUUUGCAACUCCUGCUUCUGCGAGCCUCGCAAGGCCUCGCCACGGUUUAUCUUCACCAGCUGUGGCCAUGUCAUCUGUGAGCUCUGCCUCCAAAAAGGCAAAAAAGAUGAAUGUUUGAUCUGCAGAACUCCUUGUCGUACAGUAUUCCUUUCAAAAGAGACAAGUCCUGAAAUUCAGUCACUGUUCAUGGGAAUAGACACACUGUGCAAGAAAUAUUCAAAAGAAAUAACACAGAUUUCAGAAUUUCAAGAAAAAAAUCGUAAACAUUUGCUAGCAUACCAAAGAGAAAAGAGAGUAAAGCUGGAAGAAUCUCUGAGGAAAGCAAGACAACAACUCCAUCAGAUACAAUGGUAA